AAAGAGAGCAGGCGAAUCGAAUUCCCAAGAGCUCGAGCCAGAGAUAGGGUCACUAAUAAGGAAUUUCCUUUCUGGAAACAAAAUAGAGAGCUAAAUGGAUACAGAACAACGCACAUAAAUUAAUGUGCAGAGCUUUUGUUUCUUGACCUAUUUUGACGCAGUUUAUUCUUUCUGAAAGACUGCACUUGGAAAAUUAUAGAGGAAAACUGGGAUUAUCAGGGUGUCAGGAGUUUCAGCAAUGCGAGAGCAAACUAAAGCCAGAGGUUCUCCGCAGCAGGAACUGGGCUUGGACGGCGAGAAUCACUUUUUGGUUUUAUAACUUCUGUGCGCUCUCUCUCUCUCUCUCUCUCUCUCUCUCUCUCUCUCUCUCUCUCUCUCUCUCUCUCUCUCUCUCUCUCUCUCUCUCUCGCUCUGCCGCUUUCCCCAGGCUUUGGAGUGCGAAUAAGUUUAGAUCAACACAAGAUUGCGACUUAUGCGGAUAAACUAACUUCCAAACUUUGUGUUGACGUUUGCAGUUGACGGUUUUGUGAAUUUGGAGAUACAAAACGUAAAAUCUGAAUUUCUUGAGAUUGGAAAAGAAAGGAAUGCUGAGCAGAAGAGGCACAUGGAGAGAUGCUGUUUCUUCGACCAUGGAACUGAAGGGCACUGUAGUAGUUUUAGUACUUUUGCUUGUUUGCUUUUGUCCUAUUUUCAGCCAAGAGCUCAAUCCAAAGGGUAGGCAUGUUUGCAAAGUUCAAGGGUCACCCGGGUUUGUGUGUUGCAGUGGAUGGGUGCAACAAGGCGAAGAGUGUUUAACACCUCUCUGUGAAGGUAACUUCACUUGUAACGAGAACGAGGUUUGUGUCCGACCAAAUGAAUGCCGCUGUCGUCAUGGGUAUUUUGGGGCAAGCUGUGACACAAAGUGCCCCACUCAGUUCUGGGGUCCAGACUGCAAAGGCAUGUGCACAUGUCACCCUAACGGUAAAUGUGACGACGUGACCGGCAAAUGCACGUGCUACCCCAACCGCUGGGGUGAAAACUGUGAGAAGCCCUGCCAUUGCCAGAAAGGGAAGUGUGACCAGGAAUCGGGAAAAUGCACCUGCCACGCUGGUUACUGGGGGCCUCAGUGCAACAAUAAUUGCUACUGCAGCAUCAACUCGGUGUGUGAUCAGAGCACGGGACGAUGCAUCUGUAACCCGGGUUGGUUCGGGCGAAACUGCGGGGCUCAGUGCACCUGUAACAACUCACCCUGUGAGCAGUUUACAGGCCGAUGCCAGUGCAGGGAGAGGCUCUGGGGUCAACGGUGUGAGCGAUACUGCCAGUGUGUUCAUGGGAAGUGUAACCCAGUGGACGGAUCGUGUACCUGUAAACCCGGAUAUAGAGGGAAGUUGUGCCGGGAGCCAUGCCCAGCUGGAUUCUAUGGACAGAACUGCAGAAACAAGUGUGGUCACUGUAAAGGCCAGCAGCCCUGUAAGGUGACUGAAGGGCGUUGUGUAACCUGUGAGAGUGGCUGGAAUGGAACUAAAUGUGAUCAGAUGUGUGCACCUGGUUACUUUGGAGAGAACUGUAUGAAUCAGUGUCCACCCUGCAAAGAUGGUCACUACUGCAACCGUAUUGAUGGAAAGUGUUCCCACUGUAAUCCCGGCUGGAUUGGAGAUCGCUGUGAAGUGAGCUGCCCUAAUGGCACCUAUGGGGAAAACUGUGAAAAAGAUUGCAGCCAUUGUUUUAAUGGCGACUGCCACUUUGCCACGGGAGAGUGUCUGUGUGACCCUGGCUUUUACGGGACAUACUGCAACCUGACCUGUGAGUUCGGUCAGUUUGGAGUGAACUGUGCCCAAACCUGUCCGUGCCAUGACAAUAACUGCAAUCCAGUGUCAGGGGCCUGCAACCUAUAUCCUAAUCAGCGGAUGGGAGUUAUAGCUGCGGGAACAUUGGUAACAUUCCUGCUGGUUGUUCUACUCUCACUGCUGUGCUGCUGUUUCCUAUGUAAUCACAAAAACAACCGCAAUCCUGACCAGGAAAAUUCCACCAACAGCAAAAAGGCCAAAAUAAUCCUGUGUGGCGGAUUCAGCCGAAUCAGCACCAAACUCCCCAGAAUUCCACUGAGGAGACAGAAACUACCCAAAGUUGUUGUCACCCACCAUGAUCCUGAGCACACAGUUGAACCCCCCUCCAUGGUGGACCAUCCAUCUCCAUCUUGGUCAUCCCAGGAGUCUUUCUCUUCCUUUGAGACAAGCGAAGAUGGCCCUGUUUACUGCAUACCCCAUGAAGAGACUUUGACUGAGAGCUGUGAGAAACAAAAUUCUAGUGCUGCACAAGAAAUGUCAUCAAUACUGAAUGAAGAAGAUGCAGGAGAGUACACGUCCCUCAAAGACACAAGAGAAUCUACUGAGAAAAGUGUUAGCGAUGGGAGUGAUCAGCCGCUCCUUAAGUCUUCAGACAACGAAGGUUCCACUAGUGGUUCUGAGUCAACCAUGGGGGCUGUUUAUGCCCAUAUCGCCCGACUUUCCAAACAGUCCAAAGAGGAGGAGGACAAUGCCUCUACGCCAGAGGUCAAACGUAAUGGCAAGGCUCCAUCCCCAGAGAAGACAAAACCACGUCCUCCAGACCCCUCCACUAAACCGAAGGUGUCCUGGAUCCAUGGGACAUCUGGAACCAACCAAACAGAGCAAGGCCAGACUCCGACACCUCGAAAAGAGAAGAAGAAGAACUCUGAAAGUUCUGGAAAGGUUGAUGAGAAACAGCGAUCAAAGGAGAAGUCGAGCAAGAACUGUGAAAAACAUCAGGACAGUAAAAAGACAGAUAGAACUGAAUCACCAAGCAAAACCAUAACUCACAAAGCUUCUGAUACUAUCGAGCACCUCAAUGGAACUUUCCAAAAUGCCUGGAAGAAGAUUGGAAGCUUCCACUCAGACAAGAAAAUUAGUGACACCAACAAAGAUCCACCCAAGAGCCCGAAGUUCAUGCAUCCACACAUAAACUCUGAGGCUGCCACUCUACUUGCAGCUCAACUGAAGGAGAAGACCCAAAGCCUCAAUCGCAAUGAGAAUCUUACAGUAGGCGUCAAACCCAAUGGCAUGUCAACCCCUCAAGCCAGCAGAGAGAAACCCACCCCACCUCAAAAGACCAAACGUUCUGUAACUGGGACCAACAAACCUCUUAUUCCCUCCUCCAGCAAUCUUCAGAAGAUGGUGGGCCCUAUUUCAGACUCUACCCUUGAAUAUAAAAGUUCAGAGAAACUGGGGGUAAAUGGGGGCAAGGUGGAAGUUGAAGGGGAUGCCACGCCAAAGAAAACACCAAUCAAAAAACCACCAAGGAAAAAAGGAAAGGAGGGAAUAAUGGACAGUGAAGGCAAAAGCACUCCAAAGAUGGCCAUUAUGCCGCCUCAGACGGUCAAGUAGUAGGGUCCAUUUUUUAGAUCAAAAGACACAUCCUAUUUUUUGUAUUAUCUCUUGGGGAACACUAUAUUGGAAGGAUGGAUUUUUCAAAUGGAUGAGCUGCUUAAAGGAUUAAAUAUUUUGAAGGAUUUUGGUUUUCGAUAACUCUUUUGAAGUCCUGGAAUCGGAAGUAACACCAUGGUAUGACCAUAUUUGUAUGUACAGUAUUAAAAAUGAGUUAAAUGAAAUUAAUGUAAUAAGCUCAAACGCUUUCAGUUUUAUAUCCACUACAAAAAGUUAUUGUGUUCGAGCAUUGAACAAAGAGAGAUUUUGCUAUCAUAAUUUUUGUGAUAAUAUGAAGUUAUUUGUAGUUUUUUGUCUGAAAGGUUGAAUUUAGCACUGUAUUAAUAGGUGGAAAGAAUGAACUGAAGGUACUGAAAAGGUACAGAGAUGAUACCAGCAUUUCUCCUAUAUUUUAUAUGUUCUCUCAGGCCAUAUGGAUAUUCAAUAGCUUGCAAAUCAAGCUUGAAUCAAGGAAAUGUUUUGCUUUGCUACUUGGAUAAUAUUUUUUUCAUAUACAAAUUUUUGUCUAAACAGUGCUUUCUAGAAUGAAAAUAUUCACUCCUCAAUUAUUAAUAUCACAACAGGCUUGACAUUAACACCCACCCACCAAAUGCAGGUAGAAAUCUGCUGUGGUUGGUAAAUCUGUCACUCUUACUAGCCACUUUAUAGGGUGACGUUUUCAGGGUUUUUCCUGCAUUCAGAAGUCUGUGAAUAUCGGGCCGCCAAAGCAAAUUAAAUUAAAUACAUUUAUGCUCAAUGGUUUGUACUGUAAGCACUAAAUAUUCUAUUUAUCUUAAAUGAGACAUGAGUGGUGGUGGCGUAGUGGGCUAAAGCACUUAACUGUUAGGCGUAGUGGGCUAAAGCACUUAACUGUUAAGCAGAAGGUUGUUGGUUCGAUCCCCACAGCCACCACCAUUGUGUCCUUGAGCAAGACACUUAACUCCAGGUUGCUCCGGGGGGAUUGUCCCUGUAAUAAGGGCACUGUACGUCGCUUUGGAUAAAAGCGUCUGCCAAAUGCAUAAAUUCAAAAGCAUGUCUAUUGCGGUGCACGAUUGCAUGUAUGUGGCAUAAGCCAUUACAGACCCAUUCGCGCGAGUGAACCGCUCUGGGCUAUCUUAUCUAUGGAGUGCCUAUAUCGACUGGGCUUCCCUCAUUAACCAAGCUUUAUCAUUAUGCAUGCUCUAGAAAUAGGAUAGCGCAGAGCUGAUUACUGCUACAUUUAAUCUGGCUUUCCUUGAUAUAGCAGCGCAGAUCAUAAAUCUUAUGCAACCCAUUCGAAAUUUGUGUUGAAGUUCUUUGAAGGAAGUCAAACACCUCAAACUGCUAGACAGCCUUGACAUUAUAAACAGCUCUGGUAAGGAAAGGCGAAACAACACCGGCAUAACCAACAUAAAUAACAAGAAUUUCAAUUUGCACAUCUUCACCAUUACUAAAAUUGUUACUGUAUUUUACUGUAGUAACACUAACUGGUAUUAUGACAGGAAUGUUACUGAUUAUAUUUGGGUGAUUAUAUCUGUAUUACACUUGUGAAAGUUGUAGUUAACGUUUCUUUAUGUGCUUAUUCUUUAUAUGAGUUUAUUUUUUAGAAAGACCAUCUUCAUUGACCUAACAUUGCAAUGGUCAUGGCCUUAUUAUGACAAAUGCCACUGUUAAAAAUGGAAGAACAGUGGUAAACUUUUACAAGGGCAAGUUCUGUACAAUUUGAAUGAAUGGGUAUAAAGUCUGAACUUCCAUGUAUUAUGGACAAAUUAUUGACAAAGUUUCCUUUUGCUCUGACUGGUCAUGUUGGUAUUAAACAUGCAUGCAGUUAAAAAAAUUAACCCCAGAGGUGCUUAAACAACUAUGACUUUUAUUCCCUUUGAUUAAAGGGUAGAUUAUAGUUACCUUCAUCACUUUUUGUGGGGUGGGGGAUUUCGGCUUGUGAAAAUGACUUUGGAACACCACUAGCCACAGUGGCUGGUGAGUCAAAAAGUUAAUGUCAAGCCCUGAAUAACACUUGCCAAUGACUGGUAUUAACAAGAAGCAAUCAGGGUUUUGCUGAGCUGAGAUGUAAACUUAAGGCAAUAGAGCAAGGCAAAAUCUCAGUUAUUUUCUCCAUAGUGGAAUCGAUUUUUAUGUAUAACUUAUAAACCUUAAAGACAGACCUACCGUGAGCUCCGAGGUUGCUCAUCGAUUGCAUAUGCUUCUGGUGAAGCCAACAGUCUGCGUUAUUUUGUUUUUAUUAUUGUUGUGUUUUAAUAGCUUAAUUAUGGAUGAAUAACUACACUACCCAUGAUCCUGAGGGGUAUAUCCAUCAAUCAGAUUCUUUGCUAAAAGCAGCCACCGCUCACUUCCUUGACGCACUGCGAAAGACACAACAGAGUCCGUCUCCCUACACUUUCAAACUACUUAAAUAUUUGUAUAUUUAUAUAUACGUCUAAAUAUUUUGCAAUAUAAUACAAAUAUACUGUUUCUUUACUUAUAAUCAGCAACUUUAAAAUCAAUAGUUCUAUGUUUUUCUAAAGUUUUACAUUUUGUUUCGUCAUUCUGAAGACUCCAUGAGAUUGUAGUUCAUUCCCUCAUUAUAGAGGUUCGGUUUUUUCCCAAAUUUGACAUUUUUGCUUCAAAUCAAAGUUUGCAAUGUUGCGAUUCACCUCGGAGCUUGUUCGUUUUAGUCAUGGCUUAGAACUCUAUUAUGAAGAAUUUUAUGAAAUCUCUAUGAAAAAUGUUUUUAUGGAAUAAAAUAAAUAAAUCAUUCUGGAACCUAGACAGCAGAAAAAUAGGUGGGCACUGUUGCGCUCUGUAAGGAUUAGAGUUUUCUCUAUUUACCUCUGUUGACUCCCUUGGUUGUUGGUGUUCCUGCCAUAUACCUUUCCCAGUGCUAUCUUUUACAUAAAUACACUUCUACAUUUUAGUCCAAUCAUGAGUUGUUAUAGGGUUGUAAACACCUGUCAAUGUUAAAAUAUUUCAUUUGAAUCUGCAAAUGAUUCGUUUUGAUCAGCAGCCCUGAACAAGUAUGUUUGUCCAGCAACACUGUAAAACAAGCAGUAAUGCUUUUAAUUCAACCUGGUCUCAUAGUGAAAAAGUGACUCUAUAUACAAGAAAGUACUUGCUAAAUGUUAUUUAUAUUUUCAGUAUUUGCCAAUGUUUUCAUAGAUCAAUGUAUUAUUUGUUUUACCACAGAAACAAUCACAGUGCUUGAAAGAUGCCAGUAUAAAGCAGCCUCCAAUUUAGGUACCACUUAAUUGACCACGAUCUUAAGAUUCAGACUUGAAGAGUUGUAAAUUAAGAUCUUUUGAAUGGUUUGUGAUGGCUAUAUAGUUGCAGUAAGCUCAAUACAUCCAACGUUUUCUGUUAUGAAAAUUACGUUUUCUGUUCGAUUGUUUGUUUGUUUGUUUACUUUUUAGUUUUCUGUUGUUUUUAUCUUACCGUCUGCACCACCCCAUAGCACUUGCAAACACUUCGAUGACGAUAUCCCAAGAAAUGUUGUCAAAUAUUCUUUAUUAAAAAAAAACUCAAACUGGAAGGUUACGUUUUCAUAAAAAAUCUAGGAUUAAACGUUCAAUCUGGGCUUGUAAUAAUUUUUCAUUUGUGAGUUAGUUACGUUUUUUUAUUGUGGUGUACAGUAACUGUUAUUCCGUCAUAUGGUACCAUAUAUUUUUUCUACAUGCAAAAAUAUUUGUAAUAAUAUUGUUACCUACAUUUGUAAGCUGUGCUUAUAUAACGUAUAUCUUGCAUUUUUAAUUUGUUUGUGUUUGUCAAAUGAACUGGUUUUCAAAUUGUAUUACAUUUUAUUUCCUUUAUUAUGUGCAAACAUCAGGUACAUUCGAUUUUUAUGUUUAAAUAUCUUACUUUUUACUUUCAAUAGAGGUUUUUCUCUUGUCUCUGUGGAUGUUUUCGUUUAUUUUUUGUAAACGAUAAACUGUAUGAUGCAGAAGUCAGUGAGAGAUCAGCAAUAUCUAUGCAUUUAAUCAUGUGAUCUGUUUCACUUACCGUUUCCUUAUGUGGGAUCAUCGACAAAAAACAACAUUUCAUGUUUUUGCACGCAAUCCAGAAUAUUACCAACUUCAGUAAAUGAGUUUUAGAAGAGCUGGAAGAACAGACUUUGGCAUGAGCUUUGAGUGAAGCCCAGCCACCCAGAACAUUAUCAAUAACAGUCGCAUUAUGUUCAUUCAUUUUGUCCUGAUUUGUUAUUUUAUGUUUUUGAUGUAGGUGGUGGUGUAGUGGUCUAAACCACAUAACUGGUAAACUGGUAAUCGGAAGGUUGCUGGUUCGAUCCCCACAGCCACCACCAUUGUGUCCUUGAGCAAGGCACUUAACUCCAGGUUGCUCCGGGGGGAUUGUCCCUGUAAUAAGGGCUCUGUAAGUCGCUUUGGAUAAAAGCAUCUGCCAAAUGCAUAAAUGUAAAUGUAAAUGAUGUGUGGUUGUUCAGUUACCUUGUUUGAAAUAAAAGCAAACCUGUAGCUCAUGAAUUUUAAUGGUACAAAUAUCAAUUGGCUCUCACAGUCACAUUAUUUUCAUGAGAUCAGGCUCAA